AUUUAAUUAAAUGAUUAAUAGCAAAUAACAAAAAGACAGAUACUCUAAUACCACAUCCUCUAUGUAAAAUUAUUGUAUUUACAGAUAGGUAUAUUAAAUCAACCAUUUCCAAUCCUAAUGUUAAAUCAAUCAUACAGGCUGUUUCCACUAUCCUUCAUUCUUAAAUGUAGGAGGACUAGGAGCAAGGAAAAUAGAUUCCAAAGACUUCAGAAUUGUAUUUCUUUAGUGAAGAAAAGUAUAUCGAGGAGAAGCCUGAAGAAUUCGACGAGCAAAGAAAGGUUAUCCAUUAUUUUAAACAUUUUAGUUAUUAUUAAGAGAACCUCCAAGUGUUGACAAUAUCUAUGAAUUCAUGAAAGCUCUCUAUGAUUGCGCAUAGUAAUCAUAAUUUAGUAUUCUGUAGAUUCAGUCCAGAAUGCUGUAUCAUCUGUUUAGUUUACAUAAAUCGACUGAUCGCAUUUACAGGAUUGACCUUAAACCCAACAAAUUGGAGGCCUUUACUUUUAAGUUCAUUGUUGGUAGCCCAAAAAGUGUGGGAUGAUAAAUAUUUAUCCAAUGCUGAUUUUGCAUUCAUCUACCCCUUCUUCACUACAUAAGUAAGUUUACAAUAUGAGCAAUAGGAAAUCAAUAAAUUAGAAGCUAAGUUCUUAGAAUUGCUUUAGUAUAAUGUCACUGUAAAAGGUGAUUUGUAUGCAAAAUACUAUUUUGAAUUGAGAGCUCUAUUCAAAGGGGAUUAAGAAUUUCCAUUAUAUCCAUUGGAUGUGACUCAAGUAAUUUCACUUUUCUAAUGAAUAGUCAGCAAGUUUGGAAGCUAGAUCAGCAGACGUCUAAAAAUAAGAGCAAGAAAAAGCAGAGAAACUAUCCUUAACUUAUAACGAUAGACAAACAAGAAAACCAGCUGCCAUUAUCAAUUGAUAAAAUUAUUUCACAUAUGCAUAUUAAAAUAAACUUAGAC